AAUGGUUGCUCUAUCUGUGUCCUUUGUUGCUUUAAAUACAGAGCAUAAACUCCGCAAAAUUUAACAAGACAGUAAUUGUAGUAAAGAUCUCUGACAGUUCUUCUUACAACAGUGCUCCUGUAAUGGCUUCCACCACUGUUAGCUUGAAGCUUCUGGUAGACUCAACAAGCCAAAGGGUUCUGUUUGCUGAAGCUGGGAAAGAUUUUGUUGAUUUUCUGUUCAACAUUCUGUCAUUGCCUCUUGGCACUGUCAUAGGGCUUCUCACCAAACAAGACAUGGUCGGUUGUCUCGGAAACCUUUACGAGAGCCUUGAAAAUCUGAGCGAUACUUACCUGCAGCCAAUGACGAAUAAAGACACCCUUUUGAAGCCUAAAGUUUCCGAUUAUGCUGCAAAUUUACCAUCCUUGCUGCCAAACAUUCAACCGCUAACAUCCACCAACAUUUAUAACUGUGGCAGUAGUUACCAUUAUAGCGGCUGUCGUAUCUAUGUGGCAAAUGAUUCGAACUCCAUUUGUCCUUCCUGCAACAAUAUUAUGAGCCAAAUCGCAACCGUUGUCAAUCCACCAACGAAGAAGGCUUCAUCAUGUGAUGAAGGUGGUUAUGUCAAAGGGGUUAUUACUUACAUGAUCAUGGAUGAUCUGGUUGUAAGGCCUAUGUCAACUAUUUCUUGUAUCACUUUACUCAACAAGUUCAAUAUCAAGGAUGUAGGGGUUCUUGAAGAGAAAGUGAUUAAUAUAGGGGCGGAUGAGGGUGUGAAAUUGCUGAAGGCAUCUUUGCAGUCCAAGACCGUGCUUACUGAUGUGUUUCUCGGGAAGAAGGCCGGCCAAAGUGAUGCUAGCAAUUCUAUUGCAGGGAUGCUCACUGAUUUCUGUUCAAACUUUAGCAGUUUGUAUGAGAAUUGCUCUGAGCCUUUUGUUACGAGUGUGGAUCGUUGA